GUUCAUAUUUAAGAAUGUCAAACAAGAAUAUAAAUGAUGGUGAAUCUUCAAGUUCAGAGGAUGAAAUAAUUAAAAAGGCUUUAAAAGAAGCAGCAGAUAUUAGUUAUUUAAAAUCCAAUUUAUUCGACGCUCAAAUUACAAAAGAUUCUGAAACUAAAGAAAAGUUAAAUAAUACAAAUGCAAAAUCAUUGAGACAAAAUUUAGAAGAAAAUGAUGAUUUUUUUAAUUUUGGAGUGACAGUAACGUUUAAAGCUUUCAUUGCCAAAAAAUUAAAUGCUUUGUUGGAAAGAACGGUACAGUGGGACGAACGAACGAAUUCACAAACCACUAUUCAAGAUAAUAAUGAAGAUAAAUUAAACAAGAACAAUGGUAUAAAACUUUUGAACUCUUCAACAAUUCUGUUAACAGCUGAAGAUGAAGUUGAGGAAUUACAUAAUUAUAAAAGAAGAAAAAAAAGUGUAGACAAAGUAAUAGAUAAAUCAAAAUUCCAGGAAGCAACUGUAAAUCCAGAAUGGAUAUUAUCCAAAGUAGAAACUAAAUUUUGGACAGAAAGACGUAAAGGAGCAGUUUUUAAAUAUAAAAAAUCAAAAGAUGGUACUUUAGUGGAACAGAAUUAAAUUAAUUUAAUUU